UUUCUCCUCGCGCUAAACAAAGGAAACCGUCCCCGAAGCCCAAGCCAAAAAAUUCCCCCACAGGCCGCAACCUCCUCCUGCAGCUUGCGCGAAACCCUCCCUCUUCCUCCCGAAUUCGUCAACCGGCCUCCCAAAUCGGAGCGGCAAUCGGACUGCUGGGUCUCGAAGCUGAGUUGUGCGCCAGUCCGCGAGCUAUUCGUUGAUUUUUCCAGCCUGAAGGCGCCGAUUUUUCGGCCGUUGCUGGAGUCGUCUUCGGCGGGGCUGUGGUGGUGACCGCUCGGCGGGUCUGGAUCCGGCUGGGUUCCGGCGACAGAUCGCGUUCUUGAAGCAGGACAAUACUUGGGAGUCUUGAGGUGUCCGUAGCUGCACUCGUGGAAACCAAUUGAAUUCGAGGACCUGAAGAUUUAUUAGCUGGCGCACACCAUUUUCGACAAUAAAAGAUUCAGCUGUUUCUUAGCAAUUUCUGAAGAAGCAGAUAGGGACGACUUUUGAACCGGGCAAUGCAUACCAAGGCUCGAAUCCACGCUGACCCGGUCCUGGAGUUUGACCAAUUCGACGGCUUGCCUGAUUCUCUUGUGCUGCUGAUCCUGAACAAGCUCGAGGACGUGCGUUCACUUGGCAGGUGCUCUGCCGUGUCCAAGCGAUUCAGCGGCCUGGUUCCCCUCGUCCACGAUGUGUGUGUCAAGAUUGACCACGUUGUGACUGUGGAUGGGGACUCUGAUGACGCUCUGAACCUAUCGUCGCCAAAGCCCCACAACAUCAUUUCGCAUCUGUUCAAGCUGAUGCUGUUCGCGAUCGCCAAGCCGUUCCAUGACAUGCGCAGUCCCAGUAGCACAGGGAGGCCGCUGUUCCCUCAGCUCUCCCAGCAUUCGCCUGUGCAGGUGCUGAAGAACUUCUCCCAUGUUCGCAAUCUUCAGGUGGAGCUCCCCUCUGGAGAUGUUGCUGUCGAGGAGGGGGUUCUACUGAAGUGGCGAGCUGAAUAUGGCAGUACACUUCAGAAUUGUGUGAUCCUUGGAGGAACCUUGGUUGAUCGCAAGGCUGCUGGCAAUGGGCAUGAGCCAUCGUCUGAUGACAAUGGAAGCAUGCCAGAAUCUUUCUAUACCAAUGGUGGGCUGAAACUCCGUGUUGUAUGGACUAUCAGCUGUUUGAUUGCUGCAUCGACGAGGCAUUAUUUGCUCCGAUCAAUCAUCAAUGACCAUCCAACACUGAGGAGCCUGGUUUUGGCAGAUGCCGAGGGGCAGGGCGCACUCUCCAUGGGCGCAGAGCAGCUGAAGGAUUUCAGGGAACACCAGUUGUCAGCCUCGCCAUGUUCUAACAGGACACAGGUGCCAGCAUGCAACAUGAAGCUGAAGUACGCUCAGUACCUCGAGUUGCCUGGCGGCUUGGCAUUGCAAGGUGCAACCUUGCUUGUCAUCAAGCCUGCCAGCGAUGGUAGCAGCAGUGGUCAUGGCAAUCGGAAGGAAGUUGACGCCUUUGUUUCAGGCGCGUUCGAUGGACCCUUGAGGUUUGCUGCGAAGGCACUGAUGAAGAGGCGCACCUAUCUCCUGGAGAUGAAUGGGUUCUAGAGACCCAUAUAUCUUGCUUUUUGAUGCUUUCUAUGAAGAGGGGCAUCUAUCUCCUGUCUGAUCUUUGUACAUACAGUAUAACCAUCAUAGCGGAUGAUAUGAUAUCAGAUUAUUAUUAUUACCUAAGCUAAGCAUCCGUAGAGAAUUGUGAUGUCUCGCUGUACAUGGUGGAGCACACCGUUUGUGCCUGCUGAGAACACGUGUAGCAUGAAGUAUGUGCGUGUCCCAUUGCUCAAUGAAAGGCGUCGAAGGAGGAUACGUUUCCCA